AUGGCGGACAUACCCAUUUCCCAACUCAAGCUCGAGUUGACAGCCGCCGAGAACAGGCGGGCAGAGCUGAAGCAGGAGUUCUUCGGCGUCCACGCUGCGCUGCGCGAGAAGAAGGCGGCCAUGGAUCGCCUCAAGUGCACCCACGACCCCAGCUCCAACACGAACAAGUACGCACAGAGUCUGCAGCUCGAGGGCGACAUUGCCGAGCUCCAGCAAAAGGAAGUCAUGGUCACAAAUGAUAUUCACGACACGAUGAACAGCAUUAUGCUUUUGAAGUAUCGGAUAGAGAGCCGGCAGUAA